UCUACGUGUGGCUUUCGACCGCCUGGGCAAAUUACACAUCCGUUCCUGGUCGCUAAACGGCGACCAGCACGUGCUGAUGCCUACCAGCAGGAGUUGAAAGCUGUACCGCGAGAUCCCAAACGCCCAGCGGAUCCUCUAUCCUCGCACAGGCCGUGGUUCACAUUGCAGUAUGCGAAGCUAUAUACUGCGUAUGUCAACAUGUUUCUGGAU